GUUUCCGGGUGUGGAAACCUGCAGCCAGGCUCGUGCCAUUGCAUUGCUUCGGUUCUCACGGAUUUUAGUGGUGGUCUACGCAUUCCUACGCUUCUGUGUCAGGAGCUGACACGUUGUAACGCUGCUGCCCAGCAUUGCGUCAUAUUGACGCGGCGCGCGCACGCGACACUGGCGAAGCGAGAUUGAUUGCCAGCGAUUGGACCCUCGUCGCAAUAGCCCCUUCACUAUACAAAAGGAAAUAUGGUUCCUACAGCAGGUGCCCAUCUGACCUAAAAUAAAGGUACACGGUGACAUGUGAGGUUGUCAUCAAAAUGUGAUUUGAGAGUGUAUAUUACUACACCAGAAUCGUUGUCCACAGCAUGGCAGAGAGGUGUGAAACGAAGAUGCAGGAAAAGAAGAGCGCAGAGAGCAAUGCUGGGACGGGAUUGAAGGAUGCCUUUAAAGUGCUGUCCCGUGCCUCUCAAGAAAGGGUGCAAAGCCUCACUUUUAAGAUGGGUAGCAGCCAGGCUGAAGUGCUGGUACAUGCCAUGUGUCUGAUUUGCCUCAAGAAGGGACAAGAAGCACUGGUUAAACUCAAAACCCUACAGGACAGCAGCCUGGCAAAACACCUGGCCGAGAUGGUGAAGAUGCAGAGCCUGGUGGACUACAGAAUGGAGAGCCUGAACUCCCCUGACUCUCAAGUGGAUACCUUAAUAGAACUGGCAAGGGUCUUCAGCGUCUUAGCCCAGGAGAAGUUGUGCAGUGAGUCACAGCGGGAUGAAGCAUAUCGGGUUGCUCUGCGGGCAUCUGAGCAUAACAUGGUUGGUAAAGAGGAAAGUCGGUAUGGGGAGCAGCUGAUGAAAGAGGUAAAAGAGGCUUGUGGUGCUCAUGUUGUUACUAUGGGAAGUUCUGAGAUUUCAUGUCCUGGGGGCAGAACACUAAAAUCGUCCUUGGGUGAUAACUCAAUUUUCUCAUGUGGUAACAGGGGACUGGAUAGGGGAAGCACAGCCAUCCCAAUACAAGGCAGCCAGUGUGGUCUGUCAGCAAAGGGAGCUGAACGUAGUUCCCCAUCCUCACUUCGAACAAGCUCUCCUAAUGAGAUGUCUUUCCCCAGUCACCUGGAGGUCAGCGCGUCCCCUACCACAGAGUUUAAUUUGCACAGAAUAAACUGGGACAUGCAGAACCUGAAGUUGAUACCUUCACAAUCCUCUAAAGAGGAUAUUUCUCAGUCCUUACCACUUGCUCAAUCUGAAGCAGGAAUCCAGGACAGCACUGCUGAGGAAGCAGUGCUUGGAAGUGUAAGCAUGCCUUCUGCUCAAGUUUCAUGUCUGCCCAUUCCACAUCUUUCUCCCCAACCAGCAUCACACCAUUUUGUACCAUGCACUGAAAGCUCUGAGAUCAGUUCAUCUUUGGCACCCAAAAGUAAUGACUCUAAGUCUCAGCUCAGAAUGGAAAGUUCCGUGAAACAGAUCAACAAAACUUCAUCAUUUGCUCCAAUUUUUUCCACUGAGAACAAAAACACUGAAACCCAAACUAUUGAAAAUGCAUUCAGUGACAUUUCAAAGACCGUUCUAUCCCAAAACAAGACUGAAAAUGAAAAAGACAAGGAGGAUGAAGAGGAGGAAGAUGAACCAAUAUUUUUUUCUUUUGUGAUCUUCCAUGCUCCAGAAGAUCUAGAUAUGGCUGAGAAGUUGCAAAAAAAACUGGAAGGGCUAGGAAUUGGUGAGGGGGCCACUUUCAGCCAGGAUUUUCUAGUCCCUGGAAGGUCCCAGCUGAAAUGUGUGGAAGAUGCCAUUGAUAACUCUGCCUUCACCAUCUUACUUCUCUCACGUAACUUCAGUAACCACCUGCACGAGUUCCAAACCAAUUCUGCUCUCAUGAACUCCAUUCAGAAACGUCACAAGUACAAUUCCGUCAUUCCACUACUGCCUAGUAAGAACUCCAUGCCUCCUGAGGACAUCCCCAGGCCCCUAAGAAUAUAUGUUCCUUUGUAUGAAAGCGGGUGCUUUGACAAGGCAGCAAGGAAGGCAUUUGCACCAGAGAUGAUUAGGAAGCAGAAGCAAUUGUGGAGCAAAGAUCAGCUCAUCAGGAAGCAACAAGAGAAGCAGGACAGACUAAAGGAAAAAUGUGAGAGGGAUAAGAUCCUAGCCUAUGAAGCCAACAAGACUUUAUACCUGGAGAAAAUGCGACUUUACUGGUUGCAGCAGCUGCAGAUUCAAUGUUCUGCGAUGAGUCAGUUUCCAAUACCUGGACCACCACACACGAUUGGUUGUCCUCCAGUGCACAUUCCCAAUAUGUCACAACAACCCUUCUAUAAUGCAGACUGGCCGUUCAGUUUGAACGUUCCACUGGCACACCAGCAGCCCAAUAUUCAUAUUGAGAAUGCGAGCUACGUCAUGCUUGGAAACAAUUCCCAGAUGACAGUAGGAGGGGGUGCUGAAGACUGUAGAGGGGAUGAGGAGCUGGACAAAUCAAAUAUUCAGGAAUGAGUGAAAACACAAGAGUAAUGUGCCUUCGUGUUUAUAUCCCAAUGUUUUUUUACCAUCCAAAUGAAACUACUUGAAUGUAAGUGAUUAAUGUAUGAGGCUGAAAACCUUGCAUGGGUGCGUUUGAGAAUUUGACAUGGUUCCAGAUACUUCAAGCUUUUCUGAUACAGGUUCUCUAACCGGGUGCUGUGCCAAUAAUUCAAACAGAGAUUAAGCAUGGGUGUUAAGGUAUUGCACAGGUCAGCUGGUCAUAAAUCUAGAUUAAUUCUGAAUACAUUUAUCUAUUUGUUCAUAAUUUCUUUUCCUAUUUGUAUACAUUUUUGAAACAAUAUUGCUGUAUUUCUAAUUUAUCAAGACCCUUUGAAAAAGGUUGCUGUAAGGGAUCAUUCUUUGAUGAUGCAGUGUGCA